AUGGACAGGAUACAGUUUAAAGGUCACAUCCAGGGCCAUGGUGGCGGGUUAGGAGGUGGCAUUGGUGGAGGCCACGGUGGAGGUAUUGGUGGUGGUGCUGGAGGUGGUGCCGGUGGAGGAUUAGGUGGUGGCGGAGGGCUUGGAGGAGGCCACGGUGGAGGUAUUGGUGGAGGUGCCGGUUCUGGCGUAGGAGGCGGUUCCGGUGGAGGACUAGGAGGAGGUCACGCAUGUUUCACUGAUGCAGCGUGGCAAGCUACAACCCAACGUGCAGGCUGCGGAUGGAUAUUCUUCACACACCAAGGAGAACGCUUGGAGCAAGGAACCUCUAUGUGGGAGCACACCUCGACACCACAAAUGGCGGAAGGUCUUGCCAUCAGAUCGGCUCUGUUUCACGCACUGACAGCCGGCUACUCAAGAAUCUGUAUCAAAUCAGAUUGUCAAGCACUUGUUGCUAGCAUCACCUCGAAGAAGCACCCGAAGGAUCUCUACGGAAUCACCAGGGACAUCGAGCACCUAUCUCUCUCUUUCGAUUUCAUUGUCUUUUCUUUUGUACCAAGAAACUUGAACUUCUUUGCUGAUUCCCUUGCAAAAUCAGUACUGUAUUAG